CGCGCUCUUAUUCUUUCAUCAUAAGAAGCUGCAGAAUUUUCAAACCCUAGCUUUUUCACCCCCAAACCCUAACUCUUCACAUUCAAUGAAGCUUCCGCGAAAAACCAAAGCGACGGAACUGCCUCCGGCGACAGAACCGCCGUCGGCGACGGAACCACCGCCGGUUCCGAAGCGGCGAGGUCGACCGCGGAAGCAGAGAAGAGCAGAGGAUGGAACGGUUACGGGUGUUUCGAAGAAGCCUAAGCCGAUUGUAUUGAUUGGACGAUACGUUUUGAAGCAGUUUCCAAAACGCGCUCGAAUCGGAAAAGUUGUAAGCUACAAGAUUGGUUUAUAUAGAGUCGAGUUUGAAAACCGUGUUUCUGAGGAUUUGGAUAGUAGUGUUAUUAGGAAGAUUCUUCUGGAGGAUUGUGAGUUCGAUGAAGAUUUGAUUCGGAGGAAGAAGAAAUUGGAUGAAAGGUUGUUGCAGAAGAUCGAUAAGGCGAAGGAGAAGGAGAAGAAAUUGUCUGAAUUACGUGCGGAAAAUGAAAAGGAACGAGAUGAAACGGGAGAUGUAACGGACGAUUCCAUGGAUUUAGGUUUGGAAGCUGAAAAACGGAUUGAAUUGCCAACGUUAGACUUGCCGCCGAAGUUGCAGUUACCACCGUCUUCGAGAACUAUUGGUGUACCUGAUAAAUAUGUUUCACACCUGUUUUCAGUUUAUGCAUUUCUAAGAUCAUUCAGCUUUCGAUUGUUUCUGAGUCCGUUUACUUUAGAUGAAUUCGUUGGUGCGCUUAACUGUCGAGUAUCAAAUACAUUGCUUGAUGCUGUUCAUGUUUCUUUGAUGCGUGCUUUGAAACGUCAUCUGGAAAAUCUUUCGGCCGAGGGCUCGAAGAUUGCAUCAAAAUGCCUUAGGUACAGUGAUUGGAGCUUGCUUGAUGCAUUGACUUGGCCUGUUUUCAUAAUUCAAUAUUUAACAGUUAAUGGAUACACCAAGGGGUCUGAGUGGAAAGGAUUUUAUACUGAGAUUUUAUGUGGUGAGUAUUAUUCAUUGCCCGCAAGUAGGAAGUUAAUGAUAUUGCAAAUUCUCUGCGAAGAGGUUUUGGAGUCCGAGGAGCUGAAAGCUGAAAUGAACAUGCGUGAAGUAUUAGAGGUCGGGAAGAAUUAUGAUGAUGAGGACAUUCCUCUUGCAGAAAAUGGACCACAAAGAGUCCAUCAACGACAUGCCAAAACUGCUGAUUGCCAGGAUGAAGAAUCUCUGAAGUCUGUUUCAAAAUUAGAUGCUGUGAACUUACCUGGUAAUUCUGAGGACGAGGUUGACGAUAAUGGAGAUGAAUGUCGCCUCUGUGGCAUGGAGGGGACCUUGCUUUGCUGUGAUGGAUGUCCCGCUGUUUAUCAUUCAAGGUGUAUCGGUGUGAUGAAGAUGUACAUACCAGAAGGGGCAUGGUAUUGUCCAGAGUGCAAAAUAAAUAUGACUGGGCCAACAAUUGCACGAGGAACAUCUCUUAAAGGGGCUGAAGUAUUUGGAACGGAUUUAUACGGGCAGCUUUUCAUGGGUACUUGCGACCACCUACUUGUGCUCAACGACAGCAGCAGUGAGUUUUGUCUUAAAUACUACAAUCAGAAUGACAUUCCUGAAGUCAUCCGAGUGCUUUAUGCUUCCAUGCAACAUAGACAUGUAUACUCCAGUAUUUGCACAGCGAUAUUACAAUAUUGGAAUAUUUCAGAAAGCUUCUUACUCCCAUGUUGUCCAAACGGAGUAGCUAUAAGCUCAGAAUAUUCAAAGAUAGAUGAAAACACCUCUGCUGCAUUACUUCCUCAUGUGGUUGAAAAUGACCAUAAAGGUGUUAGUUUCGGUAAACCAGGAAAUGGUCUAGCAUUUGUUAAUGGGAUUUGCGAUGAUAAUAUGGUCCCAUCCCUUGAUGCUUCGUUGGUUACCAGUAGUCCCACUAGUGAAGCCAGUGACAAUACUAUAACUAAGGAGUCCCCUAGCACGGAUAUGAAACUUCAGAAGGAAACUGUGACGAAUUCUGUUCUUACUGUUAACCACCUGUCUGAUACAAAUUCCCCAAAUGCUGAUAAAAGAUCAACUGCGCCUAUUCUUGCCAAGUCCUCCUCGGUAAGCAACCAAUUUAUUAAUCAAGGGCAUGCAAAUGACACGGGGUUGCCUAUGAAUUUGUCUUUGCAAACUAAAGGUGAUCAAACUGGUUUUGGAAAGAGCAAAGGAAAUAUAACUAAUGAUUUUGUGUAUAUGGGUUGCUCCUAUAAACCUCAGUCAUACAUUAAUUACUAUAUGCAUGGUGAUUUUGCUGCAUCUGCUGCUGCUAACUUGGCCAUUCUUUCUUCAGAGGAUUCUAGAUCAGAAGGUCACGUGACUGACUUGAGGAGAGCUACAUCUGAAAACGCUAACUUGAUGGAAAAAGCAUUCUCACUAACAGUUUCACGCUUCGUUUGGCCAAGUUCUGACAAGAAGCUUGCGGAGGUUCCUAGAGAGAGGUGUGGCUGGUGCCUUUCUUGUAAAGCCCCUGCUUCAAGCAAGAAAGGAUGCAUGUUAAAUCAUGCUGCUAUAUGUGCCACCAAAAGUGCCACCAGAAUCUUUUCGGGUCUUGCUCCUGUAAGGAGUGGAGAAGGAAUUAGCCCUACCAUCGCAACAUAUGUCAUAUAUAUAGAGGAAAGCUUACAUGGUUUAAUAGAUGGGCCCUUUCUUAAUGGAAACUAUAGAAGGCAAUGGUGUGAACAAAUGGAAAGGGCCACAUCAUUUAAUAACAUAAAGCCCCUUUUACUUAAACUAGAAGAGAACAUUCGCUCAAUUACUUUUUGUGGCAAAUGGUUGAAGCUGACUGAUGAGUGGUUGGUUGAAUCUCUUACAAUACAAAGUGCUACAUCUAUUGUUGGAACAACACGGACACGUGCAUCAUGCGACAUAUGUAGAAAACAACCUAUCAAAUAUGCAGUUGACCCUCUCCGUGAGAACUUUGGCUGGCGGAAUAGCAAAUUUACCAAAUCUGUGUUUCAGAAAGCUGCAUUGCCAAAAUUCAUGGUCAGAAAAGCAGCUCGGCAAGGUGGUUCAAAGAAAAUUUUGAGUAUUAUCUAUCCUGAUUCUGGUGUCUCUGAAAUUCCUAAGAGAAGCCGACAGAUGAUUUGGAGAGCUGCCGUUCAAAUGUGUAGGAAUGCAUCACAACUUGCACUGCAGGUCCGGUAUCUGGAUUUUCAUAUCAGAUGGACUGAUCUGAUUCGGCCGGAAUAUAGCCUCCAGGAUGGAAAAGUUCAAGAUACUGAAGUUUCUGCUUUUAGAAAUGCAAAUAUUUGUGACAAAAAACGUGAAGAGGGAAAAACAUUAUAUGAUAUAGAUUUUGGGAGCCAAAAGCAUAUUCCUUCUCGGGUAUUGAAGAAUGCUAAAAUUGAUCAAGGGCCAAAAGGAGGGAAGUACUGGUUUUUCGAAACACGAAUUCCUUUACAUAUGAUAAAAGAGUAUGAAGUAAGCAAUGAAAAAGAGCCAUCUUAUAAAGAUAACUUGAAUAUUGCAUCUCAAUGGCACAAAAGGCGGUUGAAUGCUAUCUUCACGGACAUAUUUUCUUACCUCACUCACAAGAGAGACAAUUUAGACAUGCCAUCAUGUUCUGUAUGUAAGCAGGAUGUUUUUUUUAGGAAUGCUCUCAAGUGCAGCACAUGUAAAGGUUAUUGUCAUGAGGGCUGUUCAAUAAAUCCAACUUUCCCUACAUAUACAGACGUUGAGUUCUUGACCACAUGCAAACAAUGUUAUCAUACCAGAUUACUUGCUCAAAAAGAGACCAAUAACAAAUCUCUAACCAGUCCCUUAUUGUCAAAAGGACAUGAACACAGCUCCUUGCCAAUUUUGAAGGGACUAAAGCCUAAAUGUGAUAACCAAAUACUGUUAUCUACCAGGGCAAAGGAUUGUCGAUCUGACAUGGAAAAAGUUGCUUCGUGUUCCUCUCUGGAAUCAAAAAGUAGUCGCAAAAAAUCUUGGGGUAUUAUAUGGAAAAAGAAUAACAGUGAAGAUUCAGGCCUUGAUUUCAGGCUAAAAAAGAUAAUUCUGAAGCGGCGUACAAGCUUGCCUCAAUUGGAACCUGUUUGUCAGGUGUGCCAAAAUCCAUAUAGGCCUGAUCUAAUGUAUAUAGGCUGUGAAACAUGUACCAGGUGGUAUCAUGCUGAAGCUCUUGAACUUGAAGAGUCCAAAAUAUUUUCUGUGCUUGGCUUCAAAUGUUGCAGGUGUCGCAAGAUAAAGUCACCUGCAUGUCCUUACUCCCAGGCUUCCAAGAAACAAGACUCUGGAGCAGAUUCUGGUUCUGGAACACUAGCUGAUGCAAGCGCAAGUGAGCCUGAUACGCCGAUCUUUCUUGCAGAGGAGGUUUCUAAAUGCAGAACACUAGGUAACGGAAGAGCAAGUGCGCCUGAUACCCCGAUCUUUCCUGCAGAGGUGGUUUCUAAAAGCAGAACACUAGCUGACGCAAGAGCAAGUGAGCGUGAUACUCUGAUCUUUCCUGCAGAGGAGGUUUCUAAACGCAAAACACUAGAUGACGCAAGAGCAAGUGAGCCUGAUACGCUGAUCUUUCCUGCAGAGGAUGUUUUUAAACGUAGAAAACUAGCUGACACAAGAGCAAGUGAGCCUGAUACCCAGAUCUUUCCUGUAGAGGAGGUUUCUGAACGCAGAACACUAGCUGACGCAAGAACAAGUGAGCCUGAUACCCCGAUCUUUCCUGCAGAGGAGGUUUCUAAACAAGAGAACAAUCCUCUGUCAUUUUUUCUUUCAAAUGUCGAACUGAUUGCAGAACCCAACUUUGAGGUCGAUGCAGGAAUUGAGUCUAACCUCGUCUCUCGGUCAGGCCUUCAGAAAAUGCCAACUAGAAGCGCUUUUAAACCCGAGGGGAACAGUAAUGGCUCUUUUGGAGGUGAAAUUUCAACAAAGGAUGAAGUGGAUAAUCUGCCUGCAGAGGUUUUCCCACCUUUUGUAGAACAUGACUCUCUAUCCGCUCACUACAAUCUUCUGAAUGACUCUGAAAUUGUAGAUAAUGAAUACACUGAGUUUGAAUCCCUAAUCGAGUCUAAACUUAUGGACCUAGAUUAUGGGGAAACUUAUGCACCCGGUGACUUGUCAGGAUUUACCAAAGAUUCUUGUACAUUCGAUGUUCCUGAAGAACUUCUUGCAUCUACUAGUUUAAAGAACAACCAGGAACCUACAAUUUCAUCAAAUCAAAAUGUUCAUAGUUGUACGGAAUGUUCACAAACGGAACCAGCCCCGGAUCUCAAUUGUAAGGAUUGUCCGAAGUGGAUUCACAAAAAGUGUUCACGCUGGAUUGAAUCACCAUCUAUGCUUGAAGAAGAAUGGAAGUGUGGUGAUUGCAGGGAUUGGUCGUAGCUGAAUUAGUCACCAUCUCAACGAACAACCCAAAUGUCUCAAGAAUAUGGGUAUGAACUAGUUCAGGUAUAGACAAGGUGCUGUGAUUUUUCUUGUCGUAGAUCAUCACAGCUUCCCCAGCAGACCAAAAUUUUGUUAGUGAUUUACUUUCAACAGUUGAGUUUGGUUGAAUGCUCUAGGGCAUAUAAACUGAAGUUAUACUCCCAAGUUUCUUUUAGGAUUCCUUCCCCUCCUGCCCCGACAUUGUUUGAUUUUCAGAAAUCUGUUCCUUGGGAGAUAAGCAGUUUUAUGUUGCUUAUCUGAUAGUAUUUUUUAUACAGGUUAGUAAUGUUCAAAAUUUUUGUUUAGGAUGAAUGUAUGGUAUUCCCAUUUAUUAUUUUUUUGGCAAAGAUAAUGUAAUAAUCGGAUAAUUCCCAUUUAUUAUUUUCUCAAAAAUAAGACAUCACAGUAUGUAUUAAAAAUUAUGGUGAAUGUAUGGUAUUCUAAAUAUUCAGUUAUGGUUGGAGAGUGAUUU